AUGUCUUCGCGCAUCGAAUUCCUGGCCACCACUAUCGCCGACUCAGUCCAGCAAUUACGGAUUCUGCUAGCGCAGCACGGAAUUGAGGAGCCCUCAUUUUCGGCUACCUGCUCUCCAUCCCUGGCACUGCCCCCGCCCGUCGAGGCCGCACGCAACGCUCUCCUGCACGCUGCGUGCGAGAUCCAGGACCUGCUGCUGGAUCCAGCCGAUCUUCUACGCUCCUAUGCCAGUCACGCCUACCUCAUCGCCCUGCACUUCAUCCAAGAAUUUAAUAUCGCGCACCUCGUCCCUCCUAAUGGAAUAAUCUCAUUUGCAGCUCUAUUCACGCAAUGCAAUGUCCCCGAAGCCGACGUCCGGUGCCUCGUCCGUCACGCCAUGACCAUCUGCGUUUUCGACGAGCCUGCCGAGAAUGAAGUCGCUCACACGCGUGCCAGCAUGCUCCUGCGCCAGGAAGGUUUUCAUGGCUGGAUUGGGUCGACCUGCACAAAUAGCUGGCCCGGCACGAUAAGGACUGUUGAAGCGUUAAAGCGCUUUCCUGGCUCCGAGGAGCUAAAUGAGUCGGGCUUCGCCCUAGCCAAUAAUGGCCUGGUGCUCUACGACGUUCUCUCACAGUCGCCCACCCGCGCCGCCACCUUCGCGGCCAGCAAGCGCGGCUACAUCUCAGGGGCUGCCAUGGGCAUGGCGCCGCUGGUCACAUCCAUCCAGCCGCUCCUUUCCACACUCCCGGCAGACAGCGUGGUUGUCGACGUCGGCGGCGCGCAGGGCGACAUCAGUUUCGCGCUGGUAGCCGCAUUCCCGCACCUGAGGUUCAUAGUGCAGGAUUUGCCGGGCGUGAUUGCUCGUGUGAAGGAGCAAAGGGUAGACUUCCAAGCGCACGACUUUUUCACCCCUCAAUCCACUAAUCCCAGCGCGCGCGUCUACUACCUUCGUCACGUCCUUCAUAACUGGGGCGACCGCCAUGCAGUACAGAUAUUGCGGCAGCUGCGCCCGGCGCUGUGUCCCGGGGUGCGCGUGCUUAUCCAUGACCACGUUCUUGAGCCAUACCCUGCCCAGGAGUCUAUGUGGAAGCGUAGACUCACUAGUAACAUGGACGUGAAUAUGUUGCAGUUGCUCAAUGCGCGCGAGAGGGACGAGGCGCAGUGGCGCGGGUUGGUGCAGGAGGCGAAUGAGCGAUUCCGGUGGGUUGGGGUCCGGCGGGUGGAGGGGAGCGCGUUGGCGGUUGUGGAGGUGGUCUGGAUGAAUGAUUGCUGA